ACCUGCAUAUUGAAAUAGUUUGAGUCUGAUAGGUUAUAAAUUGAGAAGCGGACAUGGCUAUAUCGGCUUGGCGCUCGAUACGCUCGACCGUGACGAUACACUUUGGUGGCAACGCACCAGGAUUGAAAAUUGAAACUACUGGGACAUUCACGCUUUUAUAUGUAAAUGAGUACAAACCAUCGCUACCAGACGUAAUCAACUAUCUCAGACUUCAGUCCGUAACAAACUAACUUAAUAUGUAUGUUGUAAAAAAAAACACUCGUUUUACAAUCUUAUGUAAAUUUCCAAUAAGAUAUAAAAAUGUCAGUGUUGAGCAAAGCGUGUUGAGCUUUGCGAGUAACCCUCUGAUUUUUGUUUACAAAUUUAAAGAUUUUUGGCCUUAUCAAUCGUAACAAAACAGCGAAUGUCAAUGUAACAACAAUAAAGAGAAGAGAGUGGAGCAAAAUCCAAUAUUGUUUUCAGUGAGCGCAAGCUCCAAAGCUCGCUCCUCGCUCAUCGCCCCAAACUCUCCAUCAGAAAAGCUUUGGCGCUCGAGAAGUGAUGAUGUCACUAACAACUCAGCUGUUGCAGACGCAGACCGGCUAUUAUUCUCAGUCUAUAUCUCACUUUGGGUGCGACGCUUGUGUCUGGCGGCGACUCUAAAAUGCCUUCCAGCUGCUCUUUUGAGCUUGAUCGCCGCGAACCUAUUUACUACAGUGGGGAGACGGUCAAUGGAAGAGCCAUUCUGACCACAACAUCCGAAAAGUCUGUAAACGAGGUAUACAUUCUCUUCGAGGGCGAGGCAAAGGUGCGAUGGGACGAGCGGCGAACAAGGACGAGAGGUGGAAAGACUGAGCACUACACGGAGUAUUUCCGAGGCAAACAGCAGUACUUGUACACCCGGACCUCAGUCUUUGCAUCUGGGAAUCUUCCACCAGGUACGCACACCUACAACUUCUGCAUUCCGCUGCCCCUGGAAUGCCCCUCGUCAGUGGUGGCGCAGUACGGCAAAAUCUAUUACGAGGUAUCCGUGAUCAUCGAUCGCCAGUGGCGCUUCAACAACGUCUUCAAACAACCACUGACGGUAAUACAGACCUACAACCUCAACAUGAGCCCCCAAUUGCUGAUGCCUCUAGUUCGCGAGGACAUCAAGCACUUCUGCUGUUGGCCCUGUAGGUCAGGACCGGUUCUCUCGACGCUAACAAUACCGUUCGGUGGUUACGCACCUGGACAGAAGAUACGCUUUGCUCUGGAGAUCGACAACCAGUCGAGCGGCUAUGAUCUGGAGGGCAUCGAACUGAAGCUAAAGCAAAUAUACAGAUUCCAGGCUCAAACGCCCCACCACAAAACCCGCGAAAAGGAGCUCAGCCUGAACAAAAGUUCGCAGCAGGAGCGUGUGUUGCGUCUCUCAAAGAAAAUAAUCGAAGGAACUUUGGCUAUUCCAGCAGUACCACCUUCUUCUCGCUCCGAUGGCAUUAUUUCGGUUAGUUACAAAGUGAUUCUGACAAUCAGCACGGGUGACUGCCACGUGGACUCGGACUUCGAGGUGCCGAUUGUAAUUGGCACUAUACCAUUGAUCCAAAGUGCCGAGAAUCCAGCCAGUGCAGCGCAGUGGAUACCGGAAACACCGGACACUCCGGCCGGAGCUGCCGCAGAUCUGCCUCCCAGUUAUGACAAGUGCAAACCACCAACCUUCGAGGAGGCCACAAACUUUGGAGAAAGGUUCAUCGACAUCGAUCAGGAUGAGCACAAUCGCACGGAUGACUUUAUUCCCCGUUACCCCAUGUACACCAACUUUGCCAUGCCAUCGGCUCCACCUCCACCCGCUGAAGAAUCGGGAUCCAUUCAACCCGUUCCCGUUCUGUCACUACCUCAUGAUCCCACUGCCCCAAUGAGCGGUCAAAACUAUUCGGACCGCCCAACACCAUCAUACGGUUGGAACUCCAACUCUUAGAUAGAACCAAGAUAAAAUCUGAUCAAAUGAUUUUAAUUUGCCUUACCUUUGGAUAUUAGUAAUAAACAUAGGUCAGUUGAUUAUCAUGCUUGAUAUGAAACCAAAUCUCAGGAAUAUGCAUAUAUAAGCUCUCUAACAUGCAGACAGAGUAUAUAUAAGCAUUUGGAAAACAUUUUUAUUUAAACUUUUGAUAAAUAAUAUCAAAUAUUUAUAUUUAUAUACCUUUUAAUAACAAAAACCACAGCUAAGUAAAGAACUAUGAUAUUUCUAAUUUGGUAAUGCUACAAUCCUUCUUGGAACAAAAUUCCACAGAAAAUAUAUUUAUACCCGUUACUCGUCGAUCUGGCCAUGUCCGUCUGUCCGUCCGUCCGUCUGUCCGUCCGUCUGUCCGUCCGUAU